CGUAAUUUGGGAGCAACACGAUAAAUUUAAAACGAUAUAGAAGCAGAAAAUCAGCAAUUUCUCUUAAAUUAGAACGAGUAAUGGGCAUUUUAGACGAACUCCGAGCAGCCGCCGGCAAACUUUGGAACCGGAGAAUUCAGAAGAAAGCGUCAAACGCAUACGCCGUAGAAGUUCGGUACGGUGCCGCCGGUAUUACACCGGCCGUUUCCAAAAUCGGUAGUCCGGUCAAGAAUGAAGGCUCUCAGAGAACCGAUGAGUAUGUUUUUUACCCUGACGGCCGGGAAAAGAUCGGUCGGUUUCUCUCGAAGCUCAGCAAAUUUGCUCUUGUCUCUGCCGUAGACGAAUCUCUUAAAACCGUUGCCGGUGGAAGUAAAAUUACGAAGGAGGGAUUAAAGGACCAAUCACCGUCACAUCCUUCCAGUAGAGUUGAGAAACAAGAUGUUACUGCUGUAAUGGAGGAGAUGCAAGCAAAGAUGGAGAAACUUCAGGAUGACAUGAAUAACACGAAGCAGCAAAAUGAGGUAUCAACUAAAUGCAUCACGGGGUUGGAUUCCUUUGAGUUCUCUGAUGAGCCUAUUAAGAGUUCGACACCUUCAAAAUCUAAUAGAAAAAAAGUUUUCUUUCGCUCUCGGCUGUAAAAAAAACAGGAAAUCUUGCUGCUGUUGUAACUAUUUUUUUUCUUUUUGGCUUUCAAGCCAAUCUAGUUGUAUAGUACAUAAAAUAAUUGUUGAAUGCAAUAUGCUGGACCCAUGUUUCUUGACUUAUGGAUUGAUCAAUCAAACAUGUUUUUUAUGUUUUG